CCCCCAACCCAAAAAAAAAAAGAAAAAAAAUGAUCAAGAAGUGGGCUGGUCGAAUUUGUAACAACCAAAAACAGUAGUGAAAAAAAUUCCUCCACUUUCCCACCUUUUUCCACGAAAAGAGAAUUGUGCGAAAAAAAACCGCAACCAACAACGUGUCUUCUCUCCCUAUAUCAAUAUCACCUCUCUCUCCACUUCCAUCUCCAAAUCCAAUUUCUUCACAAGCUCAGUGAAACAAUUGAACAUGUCCACUUCAAUCCUCAUCCUCUUCUUCCUCUUCACCUCAUUCUUCUCCACCGAUGGAACUCAACUGAUCGUAGCCAACAACUGCAAGGAACAAAUCUGGCCGGCAAUCCUCGGCAACUCGGGCCACGGAACCCUCAGCAACGGCGGCUUCUCCCUCGCCCCCGGGCAGCAAACCGUGCUCGACGCCCCCCAGUGGUGGUCGGGCAGGAUGUGGGCCCGCCAGGGCUGCUGCUUCGACGCCUCGGGCAGGGGGGCCCCUUGCCAGAGCGGCGACUGCAGCGGCCAGCUCGAGUGCAGGGGCUUGGGGGGGCUGCCGCCCACCACGGUCGUCGAGAUGACCCUGGGUACCCCGGGCAACCCCACGCAUUACUACGACGUCAGCCUCGUGGACGGGUUCAACCUGCCCGUGUCGAUGGUCCCACUCGGGGGGUCGGCCGGGUGUGGGGUGGCCGCGUGCGAGGGGGACGUGAACGGGUGCUGCCCCGAGGAGCUGGCGGUGAGGAGGGGAGGGCGCGUGGUGGCGUGCAAGAGCGCGUGCUUGGGGAUGGGCGGGGACCGGUUCUGCUGCACGGGGAGGUUCGGGACCGCGGCGACGUGCGGAGCCACGACGUAUUCGAAGGUGUUUAAGGGGGUGUGCCCUAGGGCUUAUAGUUAUGCCUUUGAUGAGGCCAGUGGGCUUAAGAGUUGUAGGGCAAAUAGGCCUAAGGAUCUCACCAAGAGUGAACAUUCUUACUCCUUGGUGAUUGGUUUCACAGUCUGUAGCCAUGGUCAAGUGGAAAAGCAGUGGGACUACUGCACGAAUAUUAGAGGGAGAGCGGCUGAGACUGCGAAGGACUCCUCAUCUAUACUCUCUCCCUCACAUCAACAAGGGAAGAAUGUGAUUACUAUAUGAUUUUACAGUAGUGAUUGACCUGUUAACUAAACAUGAUACUCAAACGACUCUCCUUCUAUUCAUAUAAAUAAAAAACAAUGAAAUGUAACAGAGAAAUAACAGAAAUUCAACAUGUUGCUUUA